AUGGCUGGUUAUCACCGGCCGCUCAGUUUCUCUGAGCGGAGAGGGAGCGCAUUUAGCUGCGAGGACCUGACAUUGAAUACCCAUAAUACGAAACUACCCCAGCAGCGACCUCCGAGAGGCCCCCCAACUCCAAGCAUGAGCACACCUGCCGCAGACUUCGACCAGCAGUUGACAGGAUCGCCUCCCCCUCCCCCCACUCCCGCCGCGUCUCCCGGCCCAUCCCAUAAGCAGCCGGAUUGGAGUCAGGCCGCCGACAACGAGGACUUCUUUCUCGCCAACCUGCGACAGCACUUCGUAAAGUGCAGUGGCCCGGAGAGGACACGGCUGCUGGCAGACCUUCUCAAUCUAUGCACCAGUCAGCAAUUGAGUUUCGUGCAUCAGUUUGUUAGCCCUCUAUUAAAAAAGGAUCCUUUCACCAGCCUACCCGACGAACUGUGUCUCCGAAUCCUCUCCUUCAUUGACGACCCCAAGGUUUUGGCUCGGGCUUCCCAGGUCUCGCGGAGGUGGCGAGACCUUCUGAGCGACGAUAUGACGUGGAAGAACCUGUGUGUGAAGCACGAUUACCAGCGCAGGCUGUCGGAAGUACAGUCAUCUAUAAAUCACCAUCCCGCGCCCGCGCCCGGCUAUGCUCUUGGGCAGGCUGGAAACGAAUUCGGGGUUUCUAGGUUCCCUGGUGCCCGCCCGCCACAGGCACUGCCUAUGUCAGGCUCCCUCAGCCUCGAUGGAUCAUCAGCAUCCGGAAGCCCGAGCUCAAGGCCGAAAUUGAAGUCGUACAAGUCUCAUUUCAAGCAGAGGUACUUGGUUGAUGCAGCAUGGCGGACCGGUGGCCGGAAGAUCACCCGAAAUAUCACGCAGGACGGCGGCGUUGUCACCAGCCUUCAUCUUACCUCGAAAUACAUCAUCGUGGCCCUGGAUAAUGCCAAGAUCCACGUAUUCGAUACUGAAGGAAACGCGCUCAGGACGCUGCAAGGCCACGUAAUGGGUGUCUGGGCUAUGGUUCCCUGGGACGACAUACUGGUCAGCGGCGGAUGUGAUCGGGACGUCCGCGUCUGGGACUUGACCACUGGUGCAUGCCUCCAUACUCUCCGCGGCCACACGUCCACGGUACGUUGCCUAAAGAUGUCGGAUGCCAACACGGCGAUAUCGGGAUCAAGGGACACCACUCUCAGAGUUUGGGACAUCCGCACAGGACUCUGCCGGAACGUCCUUGUGGGGCAUCAAGCUAGUGUUCGUUGCCUCGAGAUCAAGGGAGACAUUGUCGUCUCCGGCAGCUACGACACGACCGCCAGGGUCUGGAGUAUUUCCGAAGGGCGGUGUCUCCACACACUUCAAGGCCACUACAGCCAGAUCUAUGCCAUCGCAUUCGACGGUUACAGGGUAGCAACCGGCAGCCUAGACACCAGUGUCAGGAUCUGGGACGCGUCCACUGGAGAAUGCCAAGCCGUCCUUCAGGGUCACACCUCUCUUGUCGGGCAGCUGCAGAUGCGAGGAGGCACACUCGUCACCGGCGGUUCCGAUGGUUCCGUGAGGGUUUGGUCGUUGGAAAAGUUCUGCCCGAUACACCGACUCGCAGCACACGAUAACAGUGUCACAAGCCUACAGUUCGACGAUACCCGGGUGGUCAGCGGUGGCAGUGAUGGUCGAGUCAAGGUCUGGGACCUCAAGACUGGCCACCUUGUACGCGAACUUGUGGCUCAAGGAGAGGCGGUGUGGCGUGUCGCAUUCGAGGACGAGAAAUGCGUGGCCAUGGCAUUGAGGAACAACCGAACGAUCAUGGAGGUGCGUCGUAGUACUCUCCCCUGGAUUUCUUUUCUCAUUCCUCCGGAUGCACCCGCCCGGCCACUCAGCGCCAUAUCCCUGGAUUUCAACUCGUCACAGCCCCUUCUGCCAGGUUUAUCCCGGAGGGUCGACGGUGGGCACGACCCCCUCUUCAGCAGAGGCACACCACCUUCUUCCAUGACAGCUAGAUGUUGCAUAUCGGUUGAAGGAUUUGCGCAACUCUCUCCGGCCGCACCCGCGAGCUUACCUAACCCGAACCCUCGAGUCGGGACCAAGCCUCUCCGGCUCUCGAGGGCGGUGCCCGUCCGCGCGGCUCGCGCACCCGUCCCACUUGUUGCUGCGAGGAGGUCCGUCACCACCAAUGCGGCUUCGGCGCAGGUUGACCUGAGCACCGUCCCCAAGUCCGACGAUGAGCCAUUUCAAGUCACCCUCAGCGACGAGAGCUUCGAGACAUACGAGCUGGACCCUCCACCGUACGCGAUGGAGGUGACGAAGAAGCAGCUGAAGCAGAUGUAUCACGAUAUGGUGGUCAUCCGACAAAUGGAGAUGGCCGCCGACAGGCUAUACAAGGAGAAGAAGAUCAGGGGCUUCUGCCAUCUUUCUACCGGCCAGGAAGCCGUCGCCGUCGGCAUUGAGCACGCAAUUACGAAGGAGGACGACCUGAUCACCGCCUACCGAUGCCACGGCUACGCCUACAUGCGAGGCGCCAGCGUCCGCUCCAUCAUCGGCGAGCUUCUUGGUCGCCGGGAGGGCAUCGCCUACGGCAAGGGUGGCUCCAUGCACAUGUUCACCAAGGGCUUCUACGGCGGCAACGGCAUCGUCGGUGCUCAGGUACCCGUCGGCGCCGGCCUUGCCUUCGCCCAGAAGUACACGGGCGGCAAGAAAGCUACCGUUAUCCUGUACGGUGACGGUGCGAGCAACCAGGGCCAGGUCUUCGAGGCCUUCAACAUGGCGAAGCUGUGGAAGCUGCCCGCCCUCUUCGGCUGUGAGAACAACAAGUAUGGUAUGGGUACCUCAGCUGCCCGUUCGUCGGCUUUGACCGACUACUACAAGCGUGGUCAAUACAUCCCCGGUCUGAAGGUCAACGGCAUGGACGUCCUCGCAGUCAAGGCCGCCGUCAAGUAUGGAAAGGAGUGGACCGAGCAGGGCCACGGACCGAUGGUCCUCGAGUACGUCACGUACCGCUACGGAGGCCACAGCAUGUCGGACCCCGGCACAACGUACAGGACCCGCGAGGAGAUCCAGCGCAUGCGAUCGACCAACGACCCCAUCGCUGGGCUGAAGCAGCACAUCCUCGACUGGACGGUGGCGACGGAGGAGGAGCUGAAGGGCAUCGACAAGGAGGCCCGCAGCCACGUCAACGAGGAGGUUGCCGCCGCGGAGGCCAUGGCGCCGCCCGAGCCGACACAGAAGAUCCUGUUCGAGGACAUCUACGUCCGCGGUACGGAGCCGCAGUUCAUCCGGGGCCGGACACCCGACGAGCUCUUCUACUUCAACUAG